AUGAAUAGUGGCACUAAGGAUUAUCCUUUCGAAAUAAAGACGUUGGAUCCUGAAGAGCACGCGGAAGUGUUUAAACAGUUUAAAGGAGAUGGAGGUAUGCUUGAAGAUUUCAUACGUGUCGGUCCGAAAGGUUACUGGUUUCCACAUGGGUUUGCGGAAAUGGCUCCCAAAAUCUACAAUAUGAAAAUAAGAUCCGAUGACGUUUGGGUGAUAACAUUUCCAAAAUCAGGAACAACAUGGAUACAGGAGUUAGUGUGGCUGGUGGCAAAUCAUUUUGACUAUGCUAAUGCUGAAACUAUUCCACUCUCGCAAAGAUUCGAGUUCAUAGAGGUUGCAAUGUACUUUAAAGGCAAGAAAGUACAAACAGCACUUCAACGUAAUGAAAAAACCAAAGCUUUACUGGACGCAGUGAACACGUCGUUCGAUCGAGUGUCGUCGAUGCAGUCGCCGCGGUUCUUGAAAUCGCACCUGCCGCUGUCGCUGCUGCCACCCGUGCUGCUGAACUCCUGUCGCGUGGUGCACGUGGCGCGCGACCCAAGGGAUGUGGCCGUCUCCUACUACCACCACUACAAAUUUUUCAGAGGAAUCGGCUACACAGGCAACUUCAAACAAUUCUGGAAUUUAUUCAUAGACGACAAAAUUGACUUGACGCCAUAUUUCGAGAACGUGAAAGAAGCGUGGCGCAUGAGGCAUCACCCUAAUAUGCUAUUCCUGUUUUACGAAGACGCCAUUAAGGACCUGCCGUCAACGGUGAAGAGGGUGGCUGCAUUCCUUGGGAAGGUGGUGACAGAGGAGCAGGUUAGCCGGCUCUGACUUCA